UGUUUUGUGUUGCGCUCGUUACACGCAGCUUCAUCAGUCAGUGGCGGAAGUGUUGUUGUUGUUGUGUUGUUGUCUCUCAGGAUGCUUCUGGAGAAGUUUCCCGCGGCGCUGUGUGUCGUGGCGCUGUGGUGCGGCUGGGUUCGGUUCGCUCUGGGCUGUUCUGGGCUGCUGCUGUGCCGCUCCUGCGGACAUGAGGUGGCGGAGGAUGCGGACCUGAGGUUCGUCCCCAGCCGCCUUGCGCUGUCGCACCGGAACCACACGUUGCUCGGAGGGAAGCGCGUCUCCGUUCAGCUCUUCGAGAAUCCGCAGGGCUUCCAGUUCGAAGUCGUGACCUUUACGCGCGCGGAUGUGCUGAAGCACUGGCCCGCAGACUCUCACUUCAGCUGGUAUCCGGGUCACGCGUGGACCGUCGCCACCUGCCCGCGUUGCAAAACACACCUAGGUUGGGCGUUCCAGCCCAGUGAUUGGCCCAGGACGGUGACCCGAGAAGAGUUUGACGGUUCGGACCAGACAUUUGUGGCGCUCAUAAUCGACAGACUUCUGCAGGAACACUUUGCGUCCACGCUGCUGAUGACACCAAAAUCUUUUAGAAGUUGACGAUUAGCCAAACCACACUUGAUGCCAUUUAAUAAAGAUAUUUCUAUGGGUAACAUUAAA